AUGGGCGUGAAUUCCCGGCGUCCUCUACUCCCUGCCCCCACCGAAUCUAUCAUCGACACCACCGGUAGCAGUAUGACCGGCACCGACCUUGCUACCGACGUCUCUCGACGCACCGACAAAUCCUCCUACUCCAUCCCUGACGAUGGCAGCCCCAUCACCAUUUCCACCAGGCGCCGGGCACAGAAGAAAGAAGAAGACGACACGGCCAAGCUGUCGCGCACAAACCACCAAUCACAGACCUCGCUACUCAUCGAGUACUUUGAGGCCGGAAAACCCAGCUCGCGACUCAGCUCAAGGCCGAGCAUCCGCGUCAAGGUGGUCCCCUCUGGGAGCAGGAGGUCCAAAGACCACCAGAAUGAAACCAUCCAGAUCCGCGAGGGUAGCGGCAGUGGCAGCAGCAAGCGCCACCACUACACCCGACGCAUCUCUUUGAGCACCCCGUCAAAACACAGAAAAACCACGGAGCCCACUGAUGACCAGAGCAACACCGACGAUGACCAGGCCGCACGCCCACUAGAGAUCGAGUUUGUUGAGCGUGAUCCUGACAGCGAAUUGUCUAAUGAUCGACUUCUUCAGCCUACCUCCGAGAUCUCAUCCAUGCCUGCAGACAGCAUGUUGGACGGAUCGGCCGUGUCUGGAGUGCCCCGGCGCAAACGCAGCCAGAGUAUGGAUAAGGCCUCUGGCGCCGCCGAAGCCGACCUCCUCAAAGCUCCUUCACGACGGAGAAGCCGAAGUCUGAGCCGUGAGAGAAUCGCUUACAAAGUCGCCCAGAAACUAAAUGCCGGCGACGUCGCCAGCAGCAGCCGCAGACGCUCUAGCCGCAACGAGAGCAAAGAAAUUCUCGAAUCUGACCCGACGGAUCUGAAGAAGCGCUCUCACAGACAUCGCAGCGACGAGCAGCCCAGCGUGGAAUCUAGCUUGCUGAGUGGCUCGAAUGUCUCGUCCCACCACAAAUCUGGAGAUGCCAUUUCCUUUCGCUCUGGAACCUCGAGAUCAUCCCUGAACAACACUAAAUUCUUGGAAACUGUAGAGGAUGCCAUUCGUCGUCUUAUUCUUCCAGAACUCAAGGAGCUCAAGAAAGACCAGACGACUACCUCGAACAAGUCCAAGUUCGAGCGCGAUCUCACUGGCAGCGCCUCUACUCCGAAAGAUGGUCUCAAGCGUACCUUGUCGAAACACUCAAGUGCCCCCGAUGUUAGCCGGAGCUCCAUCUUCGCCGUUGACUCUAACAAUGAAGAAGUGGUCACUCCAGAAGAGCGCCGGAGACGCCACAAAGAGCGUCGACGUGCCAAAGAGAAGACCCCGUCGCCCGAGAACAGCAUUCGUAUUCGUAAAGGCUCGCGCCCCGAAAACCAGCGUGCAUACACGGACAACGACAUGAUACGGCGCCAGAGGAGCAAAGGCCUUCGAGAUGCAGCAGCAGCAGGCAUCGUCGGAACCGUCCUCACAUCGGCAGCUCUUUCGCACCACGACUCCAAAUCAAGUCUCGGCAAAAAAUCGAGGAGAAGAAGGUCGUCCAAGAGCAGUAGCAGAACCCCAAGCAUUCAUGGAACCGAAACUGAACUGGUUUUUCAAAAACACAAUGUUCCACCUAUGCCAUUCCGCAGUGACGUGGACACUGAGCUGACUCGCGACUCGAUUCUCUCUCAGAGAACUGACGACACCGAAACCCCAGCUACACGUCACGUACAGGAACUCAUUCGCGGUUCUCCUACUCUAGCCACUCCACCUCGCACUCCGCUCGAUAAUCAGCGAGCACUGACUUCUCAUCGAAUUGACCAUGAUGAUAUCUACGACAGAGCCGAGUCUCCUUUUGGCGAUGUUGUGCUGGAAGGCGCUGCUGGGGCCAUCGCGGCGGCGGCAGCAGGAAACCUUCUUAGCCACCACUUUGACGAUGAUAUUUUGGGUCCAGAAGACAGCAACCAACAUCCACGUGCUCUUAGUCCAAUUCACAGUGUUGCCAGCGACGAUGAUUUACACGAAACCCAAAUCACCGAGACUGGCCAGGAAGGCGAAGAGGAGGACCGUCCAUACUCGAUCCAAUCUCUAUCAUCUGCGCCUAGCACUGAUUUAGCCAGGUCGACUCGCCAUGAGGGCGGCAACUUGGAUAGUCGAAGCGAGGUUUUCAGGCACUCUGACGAGCAUGGAACGGAACUAGGCUAUGAAACAGGGGAGCCAGAGGGUAGCCGUGAGGAACACUGGAACGACGAACCUCUCCAUGGCCAAUACGAGGAUCGCAUUGAUGAUCCAGCAGUUGAUGCUGGCUUUACGGAUGAUGACGAAGCUCACAUGGAAAAUGGCGACUCGCCUCGAAGCUUCACAAAAGAAGUUGGUGCGAAUCCAGAGAUUCUGAACGGAAAUCCCGUGGAAUCCGUGGUCGCUUCGCUCUUAGACCCUUCCAUGCUGGGCACAAAAUCUGGCCUGUCCCAGACUCGUUCUCAGGCGGACUCUCUUAGCCGAUCGGUGGAUGGAAGCUACGUUGAGGACCAGGCUCAUAGUCGACCAACCAGCUCGCACCGAGGAAGUCCUCUAAAGCACGAAUACGACAUUAACGGCCAUGACGAGAAGUCGUUUACCAAGAGACUCGGUGCUGCCUCGCCACCACAGAGCGUCACUCAAUCGGAAGAAGCCGAAUACGAUGAUGAACAAUAUCCUCUGGAUACCACUAUCGUGAAGGAAGACGAAGAAGAAUACGAUCAUUUGCCGGAGGGCGAUCAAUUUCAAGAAGAUGAGUUGGAAAUCGACACCAAUCCGUCCAUCAUCCAAGGUCCCAUUGGAGACCCUGAAACCCGUGACCACUGGCCAUAUGAUCCUACUUCACAGACGACUAGAGAUGUUCAGUUGUCUCCUGCCCACGACGGCCAUGCUUCUGCUGCCAUUGCAGGGGCAUCGGGUGCCGGUCUCGGCUUCACUGCUGCAGAGCGUUCUGCAGGCUACGAUGAACCAUAUAGCCGAGCUUACAUGGAUGGCCAUAUCUUUUCAACACCCCCCGGCGCCAAGGACGAAGGCUACAUUUCCGCCGCGAACCCUAUGUCUCCAAGUAACGCAACCCCAGAGCCUCACGCCAAGUUCAACACCCUUGACCAUGUCAAUCCGCCACUCCUUUUUGACAACAAUGACCUCGAGGAUCCAUUCAUCGGCUCUAGUCAACAACGCCAUUUUAGCGGUUAUUCGCAUGGCAUGGCAUCUCCCAUCUAUGACAGCGCUACAGGCCGGGGUAUUGAAAGCAUCGAGUCAAAGGACAUUAUUGCUCUGAUGAACCAUCUUACUGUCCGAGACGCUCAACGCAACGCCCGUGACACUGAAAUGUUGGUGACUCUCGUUCGGAGUGCUGCAGAGAUGCGCGGCUCCUUUGAGGAAAUGAAGAAGUACAUUGCCCAGCAGGACGAAAUGAUCAUUCAGGCGAACGAGAAACAACACGAGCGCACUCGAGCCAUUGGAGGACCACGCCCACUUCCUGCCUCUAGGUCCGAUCGCCAACUGAGUCAACUCGCAGCUGCUGAGUAUGGCGCCGAUAUUCAAGCAAAACGAAAGAAUGUUUUUAAGCGGGCUCUUAAAAGCUUGAGCAUGAAAUCUUCAAACGACUUGACUAAGAUUGAAGACAUGUUGGAACAACUUCUUGACGAAGUCGAAGCAUUGAGAGAGGCACAGGAAGGCCGAAACGUGGGUACUGCCCCUGGCACCGGCCCCGCCAGCUUUAACUCCAAUGGCCAUGGAACUUCAAACCCAGACGGUUACGAGCCAGAGGGCCUAGCAGGUACUGGGUCCCCAGGUGAUCAAUCUGGUUUCACAUCCAAUUCGUCGCGGCCAGUCGGUGACACGCGGCCUAUCAGCCUCCGCCGAGCAUCAGAGAAUCGUGUUAGCACUGUUCCCGAGGGUGACGAAGAACUGGACGCUUAUGAGCAACCCCUUUUGGACAGAGAAGUCCCGUAUGAUGAUCGGGUACCGGCUCGUCAUGAGCGUGGUGUCUCUGAGCCUCUCGGAACACCGCCCCGCAAGCCUGUGCCUGCUGGUGCGGCGAGCCAGGAGACUACGCCGAGAAAGUCAGAUGAGAAGUCUCGAAAGCACAAGUCCAGCUCCAGCUCCUUCUUCAAGAUUUCCAGAUGGUCCAAAACCACUGCUUCCUCCGUGGGCGAAGGUAUUCGCAACAGCAUCCAACCUAACCGCAAAGAGCGCCCAAUUUCUGGAAUAUCACGAUCUGGAUCAGACCUUGCAAAUCAAGACGCGUACAACGCUGGAUUCUACGACACGCAAGGUGACGAUCGACCUCACUCUUCUUACACUCUGGAUGAGGAACAGCAAGACAACCGACCACCUUCGCCGCUCGUCCCAUCGCAAGUCUCUGAAGGGCCCGUAUAUAAAGCACACCGGGACAGCUUUAACCUACAACACCCUCAGCCACAAAAGGGCCCAACUGACCGCUAUCAGAACCAUCUCGAGUUCCAAGCGCAGGACUUUGCACCGACAUCUCCUACUUCUGACCGAUGGGGUUCUCAGUCUAGUCUGUCUCGUUUGAGCGCCAACCCAAACCGAUACAGCGGAGCAGGUGCCCGUCGUACACCAAUAUCGGACAUGGGAUAUUCCGAGUUGAGCUCGGCGACUGGGCCGCCUCGUCCGCCCAAGGUCAAGGACGCCGGUCCAUUGAUACCUCACCGGCCAUCUAAAAUCAAGGAAGAGGAUGAGAGAUCGCAACAAUCUGCCUCUCGAAACAAUAGCGCCAAAUAUUCGCCAAGCAGCCAGCCACCACAGCGAAAACCCACCGGACCACGACCCAUUACCAGUGCCGGACAGCAGAGUCCGAGCAAUAUUAAGCGUAACCGUUACCGUGGCAGUCCAUCCCAAAUCGAUUACGACGAUGACGAAUAUUGA